UCUUCCUAUCUUGUGCUGUCCUAGGCAAAGAUCCCAAAGCAAACAUGUCUGGAGUUAAAGGAGGACAUCAGAAAUCCCAAUGCAAGGACCCGUGCCAGAAGCAGACAAUCUGCCAGGAUCCAUGCCAGAAGCAGACAAUCUGCCAGGAUCCAUGCCAGAAGCAGACCAUCUGCCAGGAUCCAUGCCAGAAGCAAACCAUCUGCCAGGAUCCAUGCCAGAAGCAAACCAUCUGCCAGGAUCCAUGCCAGAAGCAAACCAUCUGCCAGGAUCCAUGCCAGAAGCAGACCAUCUGCCAGGAUCCAUGCCAGAAGCAGACCAUCUGCCAGGAUCCAUGCCAGAAGCAGACCAUUUGCCAGGAUCAAUGCCAGAAGCAGACCAUCUGCCAGGAUCCAUGCAAGGAUCCCUGCAAGCCUGUACAGCAGUGCAAAGAUCCUUGCAACCCCUGUGUUCCUGAUCCUUGCCAGUCUCAAGGAAAAUAUUAGUGAAAGAACAACCCCGAGGCCAUAGAGGAAGCAAUGUUGCCUUUGAUGAUCAUAAGAACUUAUAUGCCUUAAAUAAAAAAUGUAACUGAAAUAUAUCGCUUGCUUAUUAAUAAA